GGGUACAUAUACCAUGAUCAAAUGAUUACUCAUCACUCAUCCAUAGCGACUAUGGACUCUCUUCUUUCAAUUCCAUCACCAGCAACUGCUGCGGUUGCUGUCUUAGCUCUUUCACUCAUCCUGUUCUUGUGGAUAUCAAAAUUUUUGGGAAGGAGUAAAAACAAAGAAGCACCGGAAGCAAGCGGCACAAGGCCUUUGUUUGGCCACCUUCACCUCCUAGGAGGGCCAAAACCACCGCACAUCACUCUAGGCGACUUGGCCGAGAAGCACGGACCGAUCUUCACCAUCCGGUUAGGCGUGUGCCGAGCGUUGGUAGUUAGCAAUUGGGAGAUUGCCAGGGAGUGUUUCACAACUAAUGAUAAAGCCUUCAUCAACCGCCCAAAAUACCUGGUGGCCGAGAUCUUGGGCUACAACUACGCCAUGUUUAGCUUUAGCUCUCACCUUCCCUACUGGCGCCAGAUCCGCAAGAUUGCCAUGCUCGAGGUCCUCUCCAACUACCGCCUUGAGUUGCUCAAGCACGUUCGAGAAUCAGAGAUUAGAACUUCAAUUAAAGAAUUACACGCGCUAUUGGUGGGGAAGGACAGAGGGUUGGUGGAGAUGAAGAGAUGGUUUUCGAGCGUAACCUUAAACAUUGUUUUCAAGAUGGUCAUGGGAAAGCGAUACGCUGAGGAAGAAUCACGGAACCAGACCGAUGAAAACGAACGGAAGAGGAAAGCCUUGAGGGAUUUCUUUGAAUUGGCCGGAGCUUUUGCCAUGGCAGACGUUCUCCCUUUCUUGAGGUGGUUGGAUAUUGGAGGGUAUGAGAAGGCGAUGAAGAAGACGGCCAAGGAUCUUGAUGGCAUCCUCCAAGAAUGGUUAGACGAACAUAAAAAGAAGAGAAAUUCGGGCGAAAAGGCGAAAGGGGAACAUGAUUUCAUGGACGUGAUGCUGUCCGUCCUUGAUGAUUCGGAAGAGAUUCCCAGUUAUGAGGCUGAUACAAUCGUCAAAGCUACAUGCCUGGGCCUCAUCUUAGGUGGAACAGAUACAAACACUGUCACUUUAACAUGGGCUCUCUCCCUGCUACUCAACAACAGGGAUGUCCUAAAGAAAGCCCAAGAGGAAUUGGACACUAGGGUGGGUCGGGAAAGGCGAGUUCAAGAAUCGGAUCUCAAGGAUUUGGUAUACCUCCAAGCAAUUCUCAAGGAAACAUUGCGUUUAUACCCUGCUGCUACACUCUCGGUGCCACAUGAGUCCGCAGAGGACUGCACCACUGGCGGUUACCAUGUUCCGGCAGGCACUCGCCUUAUAGUGAAUCUUUACAAGCUUCACCGGGAUCCGAAUGUGUGGCCAAACCCAUAUGAGUUUAAGCCAGAAAGAUUUCGCACCACACACAAGCAUGUUGAUGUUAGGGGCCAGAAUUUCGAACUUAUACCAUUUGGUAGCGGAAGAAGGGUGUGCCCUGGAAUUUCUUUUGCCCUGCAAGUGUUACAACUCACGCUAGCUAAUUUGUUACACUCGUUUGAAAUUACUACAGCAUUGGAUGAACCGGUUGAUAUGACUGAGAACGCCGGUUUGACCAAUCUCAAAGCCACCCCUCUUGAAGUCCUCCUAACCCCUCGCCUUCCUGCUCAUUUGUAUGAAUAAGUUUGCUAUAUAUAGUCCAUAUAAGCAUACUUGUUAAUUUAUGUGUACCAGAGGGGAUGUGUUAGAAGUAAUGAUGUUGCUGUUAGUUUAUAAUCCCUAAUGUUUGACACUUAAUACAAGUUAGUCCUCCAAAGUCCUUGAGUGUCAUUGUUGUUAUAUAUGUAAAAAUAGGGACUCUAUCAAACAUGUUGAAAUGUUGAAUAGAAGAAUCAAGAUAUUCCUUUUUC